CACCAACCAGAGCCGGUGGCGGCUCUAAAAACCUACCUGACCGCAGCAGCUAUAAACCCUACCGGGGGUAAAAAGAUUUGAGAGCCAGCGGAAGAACCUCCAAAAGGAUCCAUUUUUGACACCUCGCGUGCAGGAUUUCGCCGCAAUCUCCCAGCGCUGAUUGUUACCGCGCCGCACAAAAUAGGAGAUAAAAACGCAAUAAAAACGGAAGAAAAAAAGAAUAAAAAGGCAAAAUCACAUCUUUUCGGUUCCCCCAUCUUGUUUUCCUCUCCAUUGCUAGCAGCUAAUCCUUCCCCCAAUCCAAUCCGCCGCCGCCGCCAUCGCCAUGGAGGCGUUGACGAACGCGGAGAAAUGCUUCUCCCCUGCCAGGGCGAUGUCCCCGCUGCCGCUGGUGAGGCCGCCGCCAUCACCGGGCGCUGCCGGUCAGUACCUGGCAGAGUUGCUGCAGGAACAGCAGAAGAUUGGUCCCUUUGUGCAGGUGCUCCCAAUCUGCGGCAGGCUGUUGAAUCAAGAGAUAAUGAGAAUGUCUGCUAUUGUUUCGCACCUUGGAGUAAGGGAACAUGAUAGGCUGCCCAUUGCAAGUCCAAACCAGAUGCAUCCGUUGCCGCAGGUGCCUAAUUUUUGCGGGAAUGGAUUCAAUCCAUGGACUGGGACGCUCCCAGAGAAAAAUGGCUUUCCUCGGGGAACUAUGGGUUGGGAAGGUGCAGCACAUGACCCAUCUUACAUUGUGAAGAAGAUCGUGCGGCUGGAAGUUCCAACAGAUGCUUAUCCUCAUUUCAAUUUUAUUGGCCGUCUGCUUGGGCCAAGGGGAAACUCACUGAAGAGAGUUGAAGCCUCAACAGGUUGCCGGGUUUUCAUCAGAGGGAAGGGCUCCAUAAAAGAUCCCAUCAAGGAGGAACAAUUGAAGGGAAGGCCUGGCUAUGAACAUUUGAGUGAUCCGACACAUAUCUUGAUUGAAGCUGAAUUACCUGCUGAUGUCAUUGACACAAGACUAGCACAAGCUCAAGAAAUACUAGAGGACUUGUUGAAACCAGUGGAGGAGUCACAAGACUUUCUCAAGAGGCAACAGCUUAGAGAGCUUGCUGUGCUGAACUCCACAUAUCGAGAGGAUAGCCCCCAUCAAAAUGGCAGUGCCUCUCCCUUCAGCAAUGGUAGCACAAAACUCGGGAAGCAAUGACUUUGUGAUUCCAACCCCCUUGAUCCCUCCAAAGGCGCUCUAAUCAACUUGCUUUCAUGACAUAGAAUCCUGCUUUACAUUGCAUAGAUUUGAUGAUGAUGAUGAAGCUUCUGUGAGACUAUGAUGUUGGAAUUUUGCUAUUGCUAGCUGCUGAAUUUUGAUACUCCCCCUUGAUGACAUUAGCUCGUGGCUGAGGUGACUAGUUGAAUCUCCAUGGCUGUAAAAUGAGAAUGUUCAUUUGUUUCUUUACCAUCGACUGUUAGUUCUGAUGACUAUGGUGACAGUGCACUGAGUUGCCAAAGUUUUACCUAAGGUAGUAGAAGAAUACCAGAAUUUUCAACCUAUGCCUGUGCAACAUAUAUUUCGUGUUCUUGAUCACAUAUAUCUCCUGCAGGUCUGAUCUGCUA